AUGACUGUAGAAGAGCUUCAUGAUGAGAUAUGUGCUAUUGAUGCCAUCUAUCCAGGAGCGGCCACGGAAUUGGGUCCCCAAAUAUAUUCGUUCAAGAUCCCUCAACAUGAAGAGUUAUUGGUUCAAAUGAGCUUUCUGGAAGCUUAUCCCGAGGAAAAACCCUUUAUUCUUCAGCUCAAUACUACAAAUCUGAAUCGAUAUACAGAUCUCAAGUACCUUGAGAAGACCCUUCAGGAUACGUUGGAUGUUUCCUUCCAUGAAGGAGAAGUUUGUCUAUUUGAUUUCUUCAUGGAAUUGGAACCAGCUCUUGAACAGUAUCAUUUCCGUGAUCCACCUCCAGCACCUGAGCCUGUAUUCGAUAAGAUGUCAGAACCAAAGGAAAUCAGCCCAGAUCGUUAUAAAAGAGAAGAGAGCGUUGAACAUGUAGAUCUGAGUCCAGAAAUUGAUCCUUUCGAAGGAUGGUUCCAAGCUGAUCCAAUCGAAGAUAGAGGUUCUGCAUUUUAUGGAUAUGCUAGACUGGCCAAUUCUAUAGAAGAAGCAGAAGCGUUCCUAAAUCAAUUGUUACAGGACAAGAAGAUCAGUCGUGCUUCUCAUAACAUGACCAGUUGGAGAAUCAAGGGGGAAAGAGGAGUACAAUAUCAAGAUUGUGACGACGAUGGUGAAGCAGCAGCCGGAGGGAGAAUUCUACAUUUACUUACGAUGAUGGACGUUUGGAACGUUAUUGUAGUGGUCAGUCGGAGGUUUGGCGGCACGUUAUUGGGGUCUGACCGGUUCAAACACAUCAAUACGGCAGCCAGGAAUGCAGUAAUUAAGGCCGGCUUGGUGGAGGAUACUAAAAAGAAAAAGAAAUAG